AUGACCGAUACGACCACGACCAAAUACCACUUCACCCUUCUUGCACCGCCUGGAGGACUGCCACUCUCCCAGGAUUGGCUUGAGAGAAUGACGCUUGUUCGUGACCGCACCAUUCAAAUUAUUUUUGCCACGUCGAAAAGAUAUUAUGACACUAUAUAUAUACAUAUAAGACUGCCUGUAUUGCUGUAUUUCAGAAACAUCCAUGAACAGAAUAUCAACAGUAGCGUUGACAUCGACUCAUCAGCUGUAGACUUUGAAAUCAAGCAGAAGGACGGGACCCCUGUCUCCAGCUCCGCCGCUGUGUCUUUAGAUGACCAGCUCACCUUUGAGUUUGUCGGGAAACAAACGUGCAGCUACAGAUACUACCCGCGUAAGUCCAGACAAUCGAAACCUAGCGCCGUGCUCGCAGACACAGAUCUAGACACCUGCAGGGCAGCUUGUUCCAGCGAUCCCACCUGUGUCUCCUUUCAAUUCUAUGUACUUGCGAAAAAUGACGUGGUGCAAUGCACGAAGUUCAAGAAACCGGCUGACUUAUUAAUCGACUUUUAUACGGACCAUUAUGAAAAAAAUUGUACUAUAGGCAGUAACCCAUGCUCGUACGUAGAGUAUCCUGACAAAGAAGGUCCUCGUGGUGAACAGAUAGUAGACGUACAAGAUCUCACUGAAUGCAAGGCCAAGUGUGACACUGAUUCCAAUUGUACUUCAUUUGACUUCCACGUGGCAGACAUAUUUGUAAAAUGCCACUUAUACACCAAACCAGUUGUUGACGGCUUGUUUGACUGCAAAAUGCACUAUUAUACGUCCGAGUGUUCAGCAUUUCGAGUAGAGUCGUGUACGGCAUCUAACGGUCAAACGGGUCAAGACCAGGAUACUCUGAAGCUCAUUGACCACAGCUGCCCUUCGGGUGAGGUGGGAAAACUGAUGGAACAAGCUCCAACCAAAGUGAAUGACACCACGGUUACAUUCAAACUGCACCCAUUCAAGUUCAAUAAGGUCAACGCCAUCACAGUAACCUGCACGGUCAAAGUGUGCCCCGCGGGAACUGCCGCGGAGUGUGAAGCACUUAACUGCAGUAGCCAGCCUAAUCGGAAACGAAGAUCGACGGAAAUCUCCGAUGAAACCGUUAGAAAGACUUUCAUCAUCCUGGAUCCAAAUCUCCAGUUGACAAGACCCCAUGACUCUUCGAAGGAAUCCUCUGUUUCUGUGGAUGACGUCACAACCCCGAUUGUGGCUGGUGUUGCCAUGGUGAUAAUUCUGCUGCUUGCCAUCAGCAUUGUGGUCUUGUUGGUUGUCAAGAAGAAAAGGAUCCAACGGGAAGUCUCAGGAAGAUGGUGUGAACAAGCAAACCAUUUAAUCACUAAUCAGAGAAAUGAGAAACACGUCUGAUUGUCGCAGAAGACAGAUUAAAGAACAGCGCUAGGUUAAACAUAUAAGACUGUAUUUAGAGGAUUUUCCUAAAUAUAUAUUUGGUUUGCAUUCGUUCCACCGCUUUUUGCUAUCAAAUCCUUGUAAGUCAAAAUUUUUUAACGGAUAUAAAAUAUAUAUAUUUAUGUGAAAAGAUUUCAAGUAAGAAUCGAAUGAUGAUGCUUGAAAACCUCAAAGUAAAACCAGCGACUACGUAUAGGAGCUGUUGAACCUUUUUCUGAUAUUAAUAUUGAAAAUAUUGUUUGACAAAAUGUACAUUUAAAAAUUACGUAAGACAAUUACUUUCAUUUCAUUGAACGUUGUUGGGUGGGGUAUGUACAUGACACUGUUGACAGGCGUGGCCAAAUUUUGCUUGGUUUCAUGACACCACUAGAGCAAAUUGAUUUAUUAAUCGUCAGAAUUGGAUGUUAAACAUUUGAUGAUUCUGAUAUUUAGUAAUCCUGACCUUUAGUCUUCAAUGGAAUCUCGCUAUAUUUUUCCAUUAGCAUGAAGGACAUUUUCAUACGCACUUUCCCAAAGGCAGGACAACACAUACCACGGUAUUUGUUAUUACUUGUGAGGUUUGAAUAAACACAGAACAUGGACUUUUGUAACCGUGAAUAUUUACUUCUUUUUGUCAAGUACAUGAAACAAACAUAACAUCAUGACAUCUUCCAACGCCUCUGCCAUGGACCUGAUCAACUUAAUUAAUUUUCGAUCUACAAAAUCUUGACUUACAGGGUUUUAUAAUAGCACCAAUUUUAUUUUAUGUAGUUCUUAAUCCAGAAUUUAUAACACUUUUUAUGUAACUAAUUUCAAUAAAUAGUUCAGCUUU